AUGAGGAGAAGUUACAGUAAGAUUUAUUGUAUCAACUUAAUCUUUGUAAUAAUAUGCGCAAACCUCCUAUUUAUAUAUGAUACAGUGUCAAAUGGAUUAGUAUCAAAGCAGAAUAUAGUAUCAGAAGAGAAGAGUCAAAAUAACUAUGAAGCGAAGGGCAGAAUAUUAUCUUCUAAUGGAGGGGUACAGGGAAUAUGGAAUAGUAGAAAUGAUUUGUUAAGAUUCCGUAGAAGAUCGACUUAUACUCAUUUGGAUCGACUCCAUGAUUGUUUUUUUAGAGGAUUUUUAGAUACAUUGAUUUGGUUAACUGAAGAAACUUAUAAAAAUGAAAAUUCUAAUGAAAACAGUGAUGAUGUUACUUCUAACCAUGAUGAUGUUACUUCUAACCAUGAUGAUGUUACAGCUAACCAUGAUGAUGUUACAGCUAACCAUGAUGAUGUUACUUCUAACCAUGAUGAUGUUACAGCUAACCAUGAUGGUGUUACUGUUAACCAUGAUGGUAUCACUUCUAACCAUGAUGGUGUUACUUCUAACCACAAUGUUGUAACUACCAUUGGUGAGCAAUUUAAUACUAAUGUUGAAAUGAUAGAAAAAAUUAUAAGAAAACAAAUGUAUCUUGAAGGUAUAACCUUAUCGAAUAGAACCGUAUCAAAUGAAGUUCGUAGAACAAAAGAAAGACAUGAUGAAAUACUUGCUCAGGGUACUACAGCUGAAGUAAUGGAACGCAUGAUGAAACUUUAUGAAAUAGAAAAUACAUUAUCUAAGGAUAUAAUGAAAAAAGUUAGUAAUCCAGAAAAAAGGAAUAAUAUAUCUAACGUUUUAAAUGUAGAAUAUGUGAAAACAAAAUUGAAUCAAAAACUAUUGGGAAUUCAAAAUACUUAUGAUGAAAGUUAUACAAAUGCAUUAGCAUCUAGAAUAGUUGAACGUGUUUCUGAUAUAUGUAGAGACGAAGAUAUACUUUAA